AAUCGACGACACAUAGCUGAAAGUUUCAAGCUUUCUCGCAAUCUCCGUCCUUUUACCGAUUCGGUUGGUCUUUGGGUCGCUUCGACGAGAAUGGAGAGUGCAGAUACUGAGCUUACUAGUUUCAACAACAUGGUUGCUAAAGCAUAUCCUGUACGGAUUUUGCAUCACAACAAUGGUAUAAGUGAAGAUGAAGAAGGAGGUUCAGGUGUCGAACCUUAUGUGGGUCUAGAAUUCGAUACUGCAGAGGAAGCUCGGGAGUUCUACAACGGUUACGCUGCUCGGACGGGUUUUAAGGUUAGGACUGGUCAGUUGUAUAGAUCAAGAACUGAUGGUACAGUUUCGUCGAGGAGGUUUGUUUGCUCUAAGGAGGGUUUUCAGCUGAAUUCGAGAACUGGAUGUACCGCGUUUAUUCGUGUGCAGAGACGUGAUACUGGGAAAUGGGUUCUUGACCAAAUCCAGAAGGAGCAUAACCAUGAGCUUGGAGGUGAAGGUAGUGUUGAGGAAACGACUCCGCGGCCUUCAAGAGCUCCAGCUCCUACAAAGCUAGGUGUUACUGUUAAUCCACAUAGACCCAAGAUGAAAGUUGUUGAUGAGUCUGAUAGAGAAACACGGUCCUGCCCGGGUGGUUUCAAACGAUUUAAAGGUGGUGGUGAAGGAGAAGUGAGUGAUGAUCAUCAUCAAACGCAGCAGCCUAAGGCGGUUACUGGUACUGAGCCGUAUGCAGGGUUGGAGUUUGGUUCAGCUAACGAAGCGUGCCAGUUUUAUCAGGCGUAUGCGGAAGUUGUUGGGUUUAGAGUUCGUAUAGGUCAGUUGUUUCGAUCCAAAGUUGACGGUUCAAUCACAUCAAGACGGUUUGUUUGUUCAAGAGAAGGGUUUCAGCAUCCUUCGAGAAUGGGUUGUGGAGCUUACAUGAGGAUCAAAAGACAAGACUCUGGUGGUUGGAUUGUCGACCGUCUCAAUAAAGAUCAUAAUCAUGACCUCGAACCAGGGAAGAAGAAUGACGCUGGUAUGAAAAAGAUACCGGACGAUGGGACAGGGGGAUUGGAUUCUGUUGAUCUUAUUGAACUAAACGAUUUUGGCAACAACCAUAUCAAGAAAACGCGAGAAAACAGAAUUGGUAAAGAAUGGUAUCCGCUGCUUCUCGACUAUUUUCAGUCUAGACAAACCGAAGACAUGGGAUUCUUUUACGCCAUCGAAUUGGAUGUCAAUAAUGGAAGCUGCAUGAGCAUUUUCUGGGCGGAUAGCCGAGCAAGAUUUGCUUGCAGUCAGUUUGGUGAUUCUGUUGUUUUCGAUACUUCAUACAGAAAAGGAAGCUACUCUGUUCCGUUUGCUACUAUCAUCGGUUUUAACCAUCACAGGCAACCCGUACUUCUUGGGUGCGCCAUGGUUGCUGACGAAUCUAAAGAGGCUUUCUUAUGGUUGUUCCAGACAUGGCUUCGUGCCAUGUCGGGUCGUCGUCCUAGAUCCAUUGUAGCUGAUCAAGAUUUGCCUAUCCAGCAAGCUUUGGUCCAAGUCUUUCCCGGAGCACAUCAUCGGUACUCAGCUUGGCAAAUUAGGGAAAAAGAGCGGGAAAACCUGAUACCGUUUCCAAGCGAAUUUAAGUAUGAAUACGAGAAAUGUAUAUACCAGACUCAGACAACAGAAAUCUACGAACAACGCGAGAAUUGGGUUCCCGCGUAUCUAAGAGCAAGUUUCUUUGCUGGAAUCCCAAUAAACGGAACCAUCGAGCCCUUCUUUGGUGCUUCACUUGACGCUCUAACGCCUCUCAGAGAAUUCAUUUCCCGAUAUGAACAAGCGCUAGAGCAGAGACGGGAAGAGGAAAGAAAGGAGGAUUUCAAUUCUUACAACUUGCAGCCGUUUCUGCAGACAAAAGAACCCGUGGAAGAACAAUGCAGAAGACUCUACACGCUAACUGUCUUCAGAAUCUUCCAGAACGAACUCGUCCAAUCUUACAAUUACCUCUGUUUAAAGACUAUGAAGAAGGAGCAAUCAGUAGAUUCCUGCUGUCAAAUGUUUGAGCACGAAGGACUUCUCUGUAGACAUAUCUUGAAAGUGUUUAAUCUCUUGGACAUAAGAGAGCUCCCGUCUCGGUAUAUACUGCACCGAUGGACCAAGAACGCAGAGUUUGGGUUUGUGCGUGAUAUGGAAUCAGGCGUGAGUGCUCAGGAUCUGAAGGCCUUGAUGGUUUGGAGUUUGAGGGAAGCUGCUUCUAAGUACAUAGAGUUUGGGACAUCGUCUCUGGAGAAGUAUAAGCUUGCUUAUGAAAUUAUGCGUGAAGGUGGGAAGAAACUUUGUUGGCAGAGGAUGAUGAACUCGGCUUGACCAUGUAAGACCAAUUAUCUUCAUUGAUGUCUGAAAUUAAAGAUCAUCCGUGUCAUGUCUGAAAGUUGUUGAAGUUUCUUGUGUGACAGUGUGAGAAAUGAAAGAUUUAAGAGGUU